CAACGAUAAGCAGUUAAACCCAAGGCAACUCGAAUGGCCACCGCCGUCCCCACGGCGGCUCUCCCCACACCGGCCGGCGCCGGGCCGGCGCCGCCGCAUGCUCCACUUCGCACAGAUCCCCGCUACUUGCCACAGCUCCACGCGGCACUAAUCAAGUCCGGGGAGCUCACUGGCUCGCCCAAAUGCUUCCACUCCCUCCUCGAGGCGGCCGCCGCCUCUCCAACGCUGCUCCCCUACGCGGUCAGCCUGUUCCGUUUGGGCCCGCGGCCGCCCCUUUCCACGCCGUGCUACAACGUCCUUAUGCGGGCUUUGCUUCACGCGGGCCACCCGGAGGACGCCCUGCACCUGUUCGUCGAAAUGCUCGACGUGGCCUCGGUCUGCCCUGACCAGCACACCGUCGCCUGCGCCCUAAAGUCAUGCUCCAGGAUGUGCACGCUGGAUGUGGGGCGCGGCAUCCAGGCGUACGCCGUGAAGCGUGGGCUCAUGGCUGAUCGGUUCGUUCUGAGCAGCUUGAUUCAUAUGUACGCGAGCUGUAGGGAUGUUGCAGCGGCACAGCUUCUGUUUGAUGCGGUGGAGGAGAAUGGCGUGGUGAUGUGGAAUGCAAUCAUCACGGCGUACAUGAAGAACGGAAAUUGGAUGGAAGUGGUGGAGAUGUUUAAGGGCAUGCUUGAGGUUGGUGUGGCCUUUGAUGAAAUCACAUUGGUGAGUGUCGUCACGGCAUGUGGACGAAUAGGUGAUGCGAAGCUUGGGAAGUGGGUUGCUGAAUAUGUGGAUGAGAAGGGGCUGGUGAGGAACCGAAACUUGAUGACUGCACUGAUCGACAUGUAUGCCAAGUGUGGAGAGCUUGGUAAGGCACGGAGGUUGUUCGAUGGGAUGCAGUCCAGGGAUGUGGUUGCUUGGAGCGCAAUGAUCUCAGGUUACACGCAGGCAGAUCAAUGUCGAGAGGCACUUGCUCUUUUCAGUGAGAUGCAGCUUGCUGAAGUUGAGCCGAAUGAUGUGACCAUGGUCAGUGUGCUCUCUGCUUGUGCUGUCCUGGGUGCACUCGAGACAGGAAAGUGGGUGCAUUCCUACAUAAGAAGGAAGCGUUUAUCUCUCACAAUUAUUCUUGGCACUGCAUUGGUGGACUUCUAUGCAAAGUGUGGAUGCAUUGACGAUGCAGUUGAAGCAUUCGAGUCAAUGCCUGUGAAGAACUCAUGGACAUGGACAGCCUUGAUAAAGGGCAUGGCAACCAAUGGAAGGGGCAGAGAAGCAUUGGAGCUCUUCUCAUCCAUGCGCAAGGCCAGUAUCGAACCCACAGAUGUGACAUUCAUUGGUGUUCUCAUGGCUUGCAGUCACAGCUGCUUAGUUGAAGAGGGUCGCCGGCAUUUUGAUAGCAUGACUCAGGAUUAUGGCAUUAAGCCAAGAGCUGAGCACUAUGGAUGUGUUGUGGAUCUGUUGGGGCGGGCUGGUUUGAUAGAUGAGGCGUACCAGUUUAUCAGAACCAUGCCCAUUGAGCCAAAUGCUGUUAUCUGGAGGGCACUACUGUCUUCCUGUGCAGUUCACAAAAAUGUUGAAAUCGGGGAAGAAGCACUAAAGCAGAUAGUCUCAUUGAACCCCAGCCACAGUGGUGACUACAUACUUCUGUCAAAUAUAUAUGCAUCAGUGGGACAAUGGAAGAAUGCAGCAAUGAUUCGAAAGGAAAUGAAGGAUAGAGGGAUUGAGAAAACUCCAGGUUGUAGUCUCAUUGAGCUGGAUGGAGUUGUCGUCGAGUUCUUUGCUGAAGACAGUGACCACCCUCAACUGAAGGAGAUAUACCAGAAAGUUGAGGAGAUGAUUGACAGGAUCAAGAUGGCUGGGUAUAUCCCAAAUACAGCUGAUGUGAGGCUAGAAGUUGAUGAGCAUGAGAAGGAAGUAUCUGUUUCCCAUCACAGUGAGAAGCUGGCCAUUGCAUUUGGCCUGAUGAAGUUAGACCCUGGUGCAACAAUUCGCUUAUCGAAGAAUCUAAGAGUCUGCACAGACUGCCACUCAGCCACAAAGUUGAUUUCCAAGGUGUACAAUAGAGAGAUUGUUGUUCGAGACCGGAAUAGAUUUCAUCAUUUCAAGGAUGGUACUUGCUCCUGCAAUGAUUACUGGUGAUACCAGUUCUCUGUCUAUUAGAUGAGGAUGGACAUCAGGCCCACCUACCCAAUUUGAGGGGAGUGGAAGACAGAUUGACAUAGUAACAUGUAAAUACAAGAUGGCAUUUUAGCGUUUCUGGAAAGAAAACCUCCACCUUCAUCAGGUUCUUCAAUUGUAGACCAAUGAGAGAUAUGAUUUCAGAAGGGUGAAUGCUCUCGGAAUUUUCUUUCUAAUAUCUGGUCAGGCACACACUGUAGGUAAAUAGCAACCAUGUGCCAAUAUUUAAUGGAGUUUAGGUUGUUCAGAGAAUGAUGUGCAAUAAUGGAUUAAGAUCAGACGUGUAUGCACGACUGCGUCUUCUUGACACUAUAUUUGCAGUGGCCACGUCUUCUUGACACUAUAUUCUGUGUUUUGUUUUUUGCGGUUGGUCUAGGAAAGCAAGGACACAGUUGGUUUUUUUUCCUAGAAGGAGCAGACUUUUAUUUGGUAAUAAACUCAUUUUGAGCCAUUGUAA